GCCGGAGCGGGAGUCGCGCCCCGCCUUCUCCGGAGACUGCCGGGCCGGAGCGGCGGGAGCCCGGACAGCCAGCGCCCGCCGUCGCCCGCCGGGCUCGCGCGGGAGAGCGGGGAGGAGAAACUUUGCCUCUUAUUGUUGUUUUUACUCCUUAAGUGUAAGGAACUCUGUUGGGAGGAAGAAUGUCCUUCUUCAAUUUCCGUAAGAUCUUCAAGUUGGGGAGCGAGAAGAAGAAGAAGCAGUACGAACAUGUGAAGAGGGACCUAAACCCCGAGGAGUUUUGGGAAAUUAUAGGAGAAUUGGGCGACGGAGCCUUUGGGAAAGUGUACAAGGCCCAGAAUAAAGAGACCAAUGUUUUAGCUGCUGCAAAGGUGAUUGACACCAAAUCUGAAGAAGAACUUGAAGAUUACAUGGUUGAAAUUGAUAUAUUAGCAUCUUGUGAUCACCCUAAUAUAGUGAAACUUCUAGAUGCCUUCUAUUAUGAGAACAAUCUUUGGAUCCUCAUUGAAUUUUGUGCAGGUGGAGCAGUGGAUGCUGUGAUGCUUGAGCUUGAGAGACCAUUAACUGAGUCCCAAAUACAAGUAGUUUGUAAGCAGACUUUAGAGGCAUUGAACUACUUACAUGAUAAUAAAAUCAUCCACAGAGACCUAAAGGCUGGAAACAUUCUUUUUACCUUAGAUGGCGAUAUUAAGUUGGCGGAUUUUGGAGUAUCAGCUAAAAACACAAGGACAAUUCAAAGGAGAGAUUCCUUUAUCGGCACACCCUAUUGGAUGGCUCCUGAGGUAGUCAUGUGUGAAACAUCUAAGGACAGACCCUAUGACUACAAAGCUGAUGUUUGGUCCCUGGGUAUCACUUUAAUAGAAAUGGCUGAGAUAGAACCACCUCAUCAUGAAUUAAAUCCAAUGCGAGUGCUGCUAAAAAUAGCAAAAUCUGAGCCCCCUACAUUAGCACAGCCAUCAAAAUGGUCUUCAAAUUUUAAGGACUUUCUAAAGAAAUGCUUGGAAAAGAAUGUGGAUUCCAGGUGGACUACAUCUCAGCUACUGCAGCAUCCCUUUGUGACUGUUGAUUCCAACAAACCAAUUCGAGAAUUGAUUGCAGAGGCAAAGGCUGAAGUAACAGAAGAAGUUGAAGAUGGCAAAGAGGAGGAUGAUGAUGAGGAAACAGAAAAUUCUCUGCCGAUACCUGCAAGUAAGCGUGCCUCCUCUGACCUUAGUAUUGCGAGCUCUGAAGAAGAUAAGCUUUCACAAAAUGCUUGUAUUUUGGAAUCUGUCUCAGAAAAAACAGAACGUAAUACUUCUGAAGAUAAAUUUAACAGUAAAAUUCUUACUGAAAAACCCACCACCGAUGAACCUGAAAAUACUGUGGUAGGCAUUAAUGAACAUGUUAAUGAUACUCAUUUAGAAGCUAUGGCUGAACUUCAUAAUAGAGCAACAGUAAUCGAGGAAAAUGGGAGAGAGGAGAAGAGACCCAAGCUUGAAAAUCUACCUGACACAGAAGACCAUGAAACAGUGGACAUUAAUUCAGUCAAUGAAGGAAAAGAAAAUAACAUAAUGAUAACUUCAGAAACAAAUAUUGAACAGAAUCUGAAACCUGAGGAAGAAGGGGAUCAAGAAAAGCAACAGAUAUUUGAAAAUAAGUUUAUAAAAUCUGAAGAAAUUGAAGACACUGCUAUUCAGACAAUGGAUUUAGUUUCUCAGGAGACUGGAGAAAAAGAGGCAGAUAUUCAGGCAAUUGAAAGUGAAGUUGAGUUUACAAAGGAAGACACCCUCGAGGAAUUGGGAAGAGAUGACAAAACUGAAAAAGAUAUGAUCAGUGAUACAAGCAAAGUGAUAGGAACAAAUGAGGCAGAAGACAUUGCUCAGAAGGCAACUGAAAACAGUGCUGAGGAUGCUCAGAGUAAUGAUGGGAAAGAAGUGGGUGAAGUAGGCCAGAUAUUAGUGAUCAAGUCCACAGAGGGUCCUGAGGCUGGUGGUACUGAAGAAGUUUCUAUUAAAGAAAUAGUUGAAACUAAUGAGAUAGAUCAAAAAUCUGUAGAAGGUAAAGGUGAGGAACAGUUAAUCAGCAGUUCAGAGAACAUAGUGGAGACCAAUGAGGAGCUCGGGACAAAUGAAGUUGAGAUUACUGAAUCGAGUAGCACUGAAGGAAUGGAGGUCAGAAGUGCGGUGACUGAUAGGGACCAAAAGGCUUUAGGAAGUGAAACUCGGGAUGCUCGUGAAGCCACUGCUCAGAUGGACACAGAGCAGAAAGAUAUCCCGUGCGAAGUGCCAGUUAAGGCAGAACCUCAAGUUCCUGCCACUUCACAGCCCAGUGAACCUCAGCCUGUUCUAAUACCCAGUAUUAAUAUCAACCCUGAAGAUGCAGAAAAUAAAGGAGAAAUAGGUGCUUUAUCAAAAACUGAAACCAUGUUACCAGAAUCUGAGAAUCAAAAGGAAAAUGAUACUGAUUCAGGCACUGGUUCCACUGCUGAUAAUAGCAGCAUUGACUUGAAUUUAUCCAUCUCUAGCUUCCUAAGCAAAACUAAAGACAAUGGAUCAAUAUCUUUACAAGAAACAAGAAGACAAAAGAAAACGUUGAAGAAAACACGCAAAUUUAUUGUUGAUGGUGUCGAAGUGAGUGUAACAACAUCAAAGAUAGUUACAGAUAGUGAUUCCAAAACUGAAGAAUUGAGGUUUCUUAGACGUCAGGAACUUCGGGAAUUAAGAUUUCUUCAAAAAGAAGAGCAAAGAGCCCAACAGCAGCUCAAUGGCAAACUGCAACAACAGCGAGAGCAAAUUUUCCGGCGUUUUGAGCAGGAGAUGGUGAGCAAGAAACGACAAUAUGACCAAGAGAUUGAGAAUCUAGAAAAACAGCAGAAACAGACUAUUGAACGUCUAGAACAAGAACACACAAAUCGCUUACGAGAUGAAGCCAAACGCAUUAAAGGUGAACAAGAGAAAGAGUUGUACAAAUUUCAGAAUAUGUUAAAGAACCGAAAGAAAGAGGAACAAGAGUUUGUUCAGAAGCAACAACAAGAAUUAGAUGGCUCUCUGAAAAAGAUCAUCCAACAGCAGAAGGCAGAGUUAGCCAAUAUUGAAAGAGAGUGCCUGAAUAACAAACAACAGCUCAUGAGAGCUAGAGAAGCUGCAAUUUGGGAGCUUGAAGAACGACACUUACAAGAAAAACACCAGCUGCUCAAACAGCAACUUAAAGAUCAGUAUUUUAUGCAAAGACAUCAGCUACUUAAGCGCCAUGAGAAGGAAACGGAACAAAUGCAGCGUUACAAUCAACGACUUAUUGAGGAGUUGAAAAACAGACAGACUCAAGAAAGAGCAAGACUGCCUAAGAUUCAGCGCAGUGAAGCCAAGACUCGCAUGGCCAUGUUUAAGAAGAGUUUGAGAAUUAACCCAACAGCAACACCAGAUCAGGAUCGUGAAAAAAUUAAACAAUUUGCCUCUCAAGAAGAAAAGAGGCAGAAAAAUGAGAGAAUGGCUCAGCAUCAAAAACAUGAAAAUCAAAUGCGGGAUCUUCAGUUGCAGUGUGAAGCCAAUGUCCGAGAACUGCAUCAGCUGCAGAAUGAAAAAUGCCACCUCUUGGUUGAGCAUGAGACUCAGAAACUAAAGGAGUUAGAUGAGGAACACAGCCAAGAAUUAAAGGAAUGGAGAGAGAAAUUGAGACCUAGGAAAAAGACACUGGAAGAGGAGUUUGCUAGGAAACUACAGGAACAGGAAGUGUUCUUUAAAAUGACCGGGGAGUCUGAAUGCCUUAACCCAUCAACACAGAGCCGGAUUUCCAAAUUCUAUCCUAUUCCUAGCUUGCAUUCCACUGGAUCGUAACAAUGGGAAGCAUUCUGUGGUUGGGUUUGUCUUCUUCAGUAUGUCAUUCUGUUCUCUUCAUCUUCUGCCAUAGUCUGUAUCAGAGAGCUCACGAAGACAAUCACCUGCCUCACCUUCCAGAUGUUUUUUUGUUUGUUUUGUUUAGCAAAGAUAAAGGGAAAGGCACUAAGACAGAUGCUGGGCCAUGCUGGCAAAGUAGCAUCUUGCAGUAAUUCCCUAAGGUGAUUUUUGUAUAUAAUCUUAAAAAUUGUGUUGUUUAGAUACUGUUACCUGAAAAACUGGUAGAGAGAUAAUGUUUAAAGUUAUUUAAAAAAACCCUGUUACGUCACUUAAGUAUUACUAAAUAUCUUUUUUCCUGACUUAACUUCUCAAUGAUGCCUAAAAUCUAUAGUUGAAACUGCUGUAGAGAGUUGGAUUAAUUUUUUGGUGUAUCAGCUCUCAUGAAAAAACUAUGAGUUGCUCAAAAUAUGAUAUUGAUUCAGUAAAUAAAUCUGUUACCUUUAAAUGUUAGCAUCAAACUCUUUUAAAAGAGAAAAAUUAUUUCAAUAAUUUGUCUAAAAUACUUACCUGUUUAGACAUGAGCUAAUAAUUAAGGGUGCUAGUUUUAUUAAAAUAGUGCCUAAAACACUAAAUUUCAGUUGUCUAAAAUUGCAUUUCCUUUUUUGAUUCAACAGGGACAAAACACCCUUAGCAUUAAGCAUUAUUGUUUUUUAAAUCUUGCUCCUAUUACCAAUUGAUAGAAAUUUUCAUCCUAAAGUAUAUGUUGUACAAAGUUGGAAAGAUGAAAAAAAUAAACGGUAGCUUUUAGAUGUCCAAAUUGGAAAUGUAAAACUCACCAAAUUAAAAAAAAUACAGAUACAGCUAUCUCAGCUUAUUUCCUAAAAUAAUACAUGAGCUGGUUAAAUGAAUUCUCCCAUCUUAGCAAAUUCUGUUUAAAACUGUUGGAGGCUGGCAGGCUCUGAGUUAUAUUUAUGAAUAUAUUUUUAUGAAAUUAAUCUUAAAAGAGGCAUUUGUUCAGAAUAGUUUUUAAGAAUUUAAAAUAUUUAGGCAAAUAUCAGAAAUGACUUUUCUUUGUUUUGAGAUCAAGUCAUUUAUAUUUUGGUUUUGUUUUGUUCCAUGUUUAAAUUAUUUACUUUGAUUUGAGUGGGAAAAGCCUGAAACCUUUAUCGUGAGGGUGCUGAUACGUGUAAUUAUUAAUGAAAUGUUCACUCUAGUCCCUUUUGAGGGUUAGAAUUUCAAGCACGUGUCAGCUCGAAACAGUAUUAUAAACCGUAUUUCGGGUGUGAGACAGUCCAUUUGUAGACGAAGCUUGCUGCCUGCCAUGUGCGCCUGUUCUGUCAUGAGUGCCAGGUACCAAAUUGUAGAAAUUUCAGUUUUUAGUUAUAUUACAUUUGAGGCUCGUGAAAAAUGCAAAUGCAACUUUGUGGGAACACUGAUUCAUGUUAAGAAAAUGUAAAUAUCUGUAGCACUUUCUUGCAGUUAAUUUGAAAACUUUGAAUGCUGAACCUUAUUUUUUCAGUGGUUUAGAUGAUUUAAAAAUGCAUGUGAUUUUAAUUUUGUAAUUGUUUUGACAAGCAUAAUUUACUUGGACAACUUUGUAGGUAGCCUUAACUUCUGGCCAAGUUUGUUUUUUAUAUAAAUAUAUAUACAUAUAUUAUGUAUGGUUGUAAAUUCAUACACUUAUCACAUGAAUGUGUUACUGUAUACGAAACUCUUUUAAUGCUUUAUUCUCAAAUGCUGGGUUGAAAAAUGUUUUGAAAGACUUUUAAAAUAUAUAUCUUUAUAAAGUAAUGUUCAGGGUGAUGAUGGAAAUUGUUUAUAUUGUUAUGAUAGAAAUGACAGUAUAAUGUUACCCAGUGUAUUUAAUGAUUUAUUUGAAGAGGGAGAGAGGAAGAAGGUUCUCAUACCACUUUCUCCUUUGAAAUUUUCAGUUUAUUGGCUUUUUAAAAAUUAAUACUUCAGGCAGUGGACAUUUUUUCAGUAUCGUUUAAAGGAUAUCCUGUGUGCUGAAUAGUUUAUGGCACAUAAUUAAUUUGGUCUGAAUAUUUGGUUCUUUUUCUUCCUUUCAAGUUGACAGAGUAUUGAAUAAAGAGACUCAGAGUAGAACGAUUGACACGCUGGUAAGUUUGUUAGCACCUCUUGCAUCUCCCGUAAAACUGCCCUUUGGAUUCCUUGUUCACGCUCGAGUUCUCUUUCAAAAGUGACCAGACCAUGUGCAUGUAGGAGCAGGACUACAGAAUGAUAUUCAUGUAGAGGUAAAAACCUUCAUUUUAAUACUUAAAGUUACAUAAAUCUUUUCAAAUGGUAUUUUGUUGUAUAGACCAUGCUGUUUGUACCCAUCCCUGCCCACUUCUUGCUGUAGGCCCUGUAUUCACGUACAGAAGUGUGAGCCUUCUCUCUUGCAUGAAGUGUAGGUGGGGGGUUGGGGAGGGACACAGACAUCUUUGAAAUCAAAGAGUGCAGUCAAAGGCAUUCCUGAGUUGGUGGUUUUGUUGCUGUGGCAGAAUGUGCUAUGAAAUGCAUUGAAGAAGUUCUCCAUGUGUGCCCCCUAAUUACUCAGCCUCCCCUCCUCUCCCUGCGUGCUGUGGACACGCCAGGCCACCACGCUUCUGCAGGUCUAGCUCAUGGAGCUCGUUGCACCAGGUUGCCUUUCCUAGUCCUGUCAAUCCAUGGUCGGGUGUGAAUUGCUGAAUUAGCCGCCAUACUAUGUGGACUCACAGUUAAGCUUUUUCUUACCGUUUUCUAUGGGGAAGCUAUAGGGUGGGUAAGGAGGAAAUUUGGAGUGCUUAUACCUUGCUGAAAAUGUUGAAACUUUCCUGUGACAGGAUACAGCAAAUUGUAAUUAAAUAUAAACCAGAACCAGAGCUACCUCUAAGUAGUGUUUCCUCAAGCACAAAGCUCUCAGGCAUAUGAGACCCACUGUGAUGGAGGGUCUCUGAUUUCUUGAGCAUCAGUGAGUUUCAGAAGUGAUUGUCUUUUGUAGUCUCCUAGUUCCCUUGUAACUACACACUUUUUUCCCCAUUCCACACUGUGCUUAAAUGACAAAGACUCUUCUGAGAAGCCAAAUUCUGUCAAAUGAUUAGCUAGAGAUAUUGUUGAUUACAGGGAAAUGUAGAGCUGUGAGGCGGAGGCGGCGAGCUCUGUAGUUCCAGUUCUAAUAGGCUUCUGGUUGAAUAAAUCAGUUCUUUCCUGGGAAAUGAUCUUUUAUAGGAAAUGGGAUAUUUUAAAUGCUUUUCUUAAGUUGAAGGCACAACAGUUAAUGCCACUACUGUUGCUAUCCUGUGGCUGACAUGGUUUUGAUACAGCUUUAAAACUUCUGUUACCAAGCUUGGGGUAGAAUGUGAUACCAGUUUUAAAUGUUGGCUGUAGCUUUUUGUAAUCCUUCUCUGAUUUGCAGUGUAAUAACUUCACAAGCUAAAUUUUCAGAAAGAAUUUUGUUUCAGAAAAUGCCUCUUGUCUAUUUGGGAGCAACAUGUCUUUUCAAUCAUGGGGUUGGCAAAUGAAAAAUAAAGUUAUUUCUUACUCUACU